AUGAGUUUCAGCUUUGUUGAUGUCUAUUAUAUGCUGGAUGCAAGCUCAGCUCGUUUAUGCCCAAAUCGAGAGAGAAUGUCUCGUAGAGUUCAUCAACCUGAACUUCGUAUUGAAGCCAAACGGCUGAGGUUCAUCGGGAAUCACCCAAUGGGGAAAGCUGCGAUCGACCUCCUAGUCUCUUCUACAUGCACUUUCACGCAAAAUGAAAGUCUCUCCAAAUGUGUGAUCUUCGUAUCUAGUCUGCUUUUACGUGAACGAAAAGAGGAUGUUUCUUUGACGGCGCCAACCAGAACAACAUAA